AUGGUGGAAUAGCUUGUAGAAAUGGAUGGCUUUGUCGUGCUUGCAAAUAAAACAUUUAUAAAGGAGAACAAAUACUAGUUAGAGAGGGUAGGUAGUUAAGGUUCCAUUUUCAUAAAGACUGUUUUCAAGGAAAUGGAGAUCCAAGAAAUUAAAAAUGAAUCAACCUACUUUAAUUAAUGA